AUGGCAGAAUCGCAGGCGCCACAACAAACGGCUGCCGUACCAGCAGCCCCAGCCCCGGCAGCCCAACAGCAGCAGCGAAGUCUAGAAACCAUCGCCGAACACACAGCGGAAACCCUCGUGGCGAUCCGAGAUCACCUCCAGACUGACGUCGACCGGAUGGGAGCGGCCAACGUCGGCUACGCUGAGCGUCUCGACAACCUCAACACCGGUCUCCUUGAGAUCUCCGGCGUCCUGGAACGGAUCGAGGAAGAGGCCCGCGGACAAUCCACCGUCCUGGUCCAUCUCCUGGGCCGCAACGAAGAGAUCGAGCAAGCCCUGGGCGACCCUGCGCAUCUGUCUCACGCCAUCGGACAAUCGGUCAACCGCGCCCUCCGAGAAGUCAUAGACCCUAUCCGGGAAAUCUACGAGGGGGAGAUUGCCCGGCAGCGGGUCGAGCGCGCAACAGCGUCGAUAGCAGCGGGGCUCGCGCGCGAGGGCAUCGCCGUUGCAACUUUUUUCCGAGACUCUUUAAUGCACAGCCUUCGAAUGGUCAUCUACUGGAUACUACUCUGUGCGUUCUCUAUCAUAUGGAUUUAUCCCUUUCUCGUGUGGGAGUCGGCUUCGCAUCGUGUGACGCAGGAGUACAUUCUUAAUCUCCAAAACGUCCUGGUCCGGAACCCCGACUGGAGGAAUAUGCUGAACAACUAG